AUGGAAGUCAGGAACGAACCAAUCGGAUGCUGCGACGCGGCUGUAGACCCCAAGUCACAAGAGCAGCGGGAGGGAACCGGCUUCCUUGCACGGAUGAGCACAUUUGUGGCCACCGCCAUCCCACCCGGAGGCAUUGCCGCAAGUGCUUUCAACAUCGCAUCAUCAACCGUUGGAGCUGGUAUCGUCGGUCUACCCUCCGCUGCCAACAGUAGCGGACUCGUUAUGGCUAUUGUAUACCUCAUUAUAAUUACUGUUAUGACUAUAUUCUCCAUAUAUGCCCUCGGUGUCGCUGCAGACAAAACAAAAACACACGACUUUGAGGGUGUGGCAAAAGUAUUGUUUGGUGCCAAGGGAUCCUACCUUGUGGCCGCAACCCGUGCCUUUCAUGGCUUCAGCGCCUGUGUGGCGUACAUAAUAUCCGUGGGUGAUAUCCUCAGCGCAAUACUUAAGGGUACAGAUGCGCCAGACUUCCUUAAGGAGAAGUGGGGUAAUCGCCUUCUGACUUUCAUCAUGUGGCUAUGUUUUAUGCUACCACUCGCCAUUCCACGAGAGGUGAAUUCCUUGAGGUACGUCUCGACCUUUGCUGUUAGCUUCAUUGUCUACCUUGUGAUCGUUAUUGUGGUGCAUUCAUGUAUGAACGGGUUGCCGGAAAACAUCAAGAACGUCAGCGUGGGCAGGAAUGAUGUGGCUGCAAUUGUGCUUUUUAACAGUGGGAACAAGGCCAUCGAAGGACUUGGGGUGUUCAUUUUCGCCUACGUCUCACAAAUUACGGCGUAUGAGGUUUACAUGGACAUGGAAGACAGGUCUGUACGCAAGUUUAUCGUCGCCACGAGCAUCGCGAUGGCAACGUGCUCCGUGCUGUAUGCCAUGACUGCAUUCUUCGGUUACCUUGACUUUGGGCGUGAUGUUACAGGCUCCGUGUUAUUGAUGUAUGACCCCGUGAAGGAGCCGGCAAUUAUGGUGGGAUUCAUCGGCCUGCUCGUAAAACUAUUCGCAUCUUACGCGCUGCUCGGAAUGGCAUGCCGUAACGCGCUGUACAGCAUUAUUGGUUGGGAUGCGGAGAAGGUGAUCUUCUGGAAGCACUGUGUUGCUGUCGUAACCCUUUCCGUAAUUAUGCUGCUUUGUGGCCUAUUUAUUCCAAACAUUAAUACAGUACUUGGCCUCGCUGGUUCGAUCUCUGGUGGACUUCUUGGAUUCAUUUUCCCUGCUCUGUUGUUAUUGUAUGCCGGUGGAUUUACAUGGCAGAAAGUUGGGCCCUUUCACUAUAUCGCGACGUAUACGUUGUUGCUUAGUGGUGUGCUGGCCAUUGUGUUUGGCACGGGGGCCACUAUACAUGGCGUAGUGGUGGGAAAUUGA